AUGGACGCCGCGCCCCAGGGCCAGCCGGAGCCCCAUGCGGGCGCCGCGGCCGGCGGCGGCGGGCUCCGCCGCGACCUGCGCGGCCUCGAGAGGGAGUGGGUCGAGGUCCCCGACGAAGGGCUGCGGUUCCUGUGGCACCGGCCGCCGCGCGAGGAGGUCGCAAGGCAGCGCGCGGAGCCCGGCACCGUUCGCAUCUUUCUGAACGGCUGCUUCGACCUCAUGCACAUCGGGCAUUUCAACGCCCUCCGUCAGGCCAAGAGUCUCUUUCAGCAGCGCGGCUACAGCAAGGUGGUAAUGGUGGCGGGUAUCCACUCGGAUGAGGCGAUCAGUCACCAGAAGGGCCCUCCCCUCAUGGACGACGACGAGAGGAUUGCGAUGCUGCAGGCUACGAAGUGGGUCGAUGAGAUGGCCACUUCCUUGCCGUACACGUCCAUGUCGGUGAAGAUGGCCGAUGCUCUCAGCGUGGACUGGAUCUGUCACGGCGACGACCUGCCCGUCUGCAGGAGCGGCGGCGGCAUGUACACAGACGCUAUCGAGAAGGGCCGCUUCCAGAUGUUGAAGCGGACGGAGGGCAUCUCGACCACGCAGAUCUUGCAGCGCUUGCUGGAACGCCCGUCUGGCGACGACCCUGAAGAGCACCCCGCCGUGCCGUCGGCCCUUGCCGCGGGGUCCCAGGGCACCCACGACGGCGGGCCGCCCCUGGAGUCCGCGCUGGCUACCACCCAGCGCCUCGCUCAGUUCGCCGAGCGGCCCGGCGGGGCGCAGCGGGGCUGCAUCGGUGACGCCAAGCGCGUCGUGUACAUCGGGGGGACAUUCGAUCUCCUGCACGUCGGGCACGCUCGAGCCCUCGAGCAGGCGUCGGAGCUCGGAGACUACCUCCUCGUGGGCGUGCACUCGGACGAGACGGUGCGCCGGCGGCGCGGGAUGCUGCCAGUGCUGACCCUCAUGGAGCGAGCCAUGGCAGUGCUGGCGAUGAGGUGGGUCGACGACGUGGUCCUCGGCGCUCCCUGGGAGGUGACCCGAGAUCUCCUCGUGACCAUGAACGUCGCGGUGGUCGCGGCGGGUCAGCAGGGUCCGCUUUCUGCGAGCAGCGGACCACUGGUCAUCCCCCGCACGCUGGGGAUUCUGCGGGAGGUCGACAGCGAAUCGCAGCUGACCUCUGGGUCCCUGAGGGACCGCUUCCUGCAGCGGAGGGACUCCAUCGAGAAGCGGAACGGCGCCUUGCUUCCCAAGGAAGCCACCUACACACGGGCGAAGGAGUACGUGUUCUCGAAGCCGCUUCGGGCAGACAAAAAAGAGUACCCCCACGGAGAAAGCAUGGAGGGGCAGGCGUGGCAGGGCGAGGUCACCUCACUGCAGGGCGGGGAGAGCGGGAAGGACAGAGCAGGCAUAGCGAUCGCCAUGCCGGUGCUCGAGGCGACGGGCAGCAGGUGGAGAGCCAUGCAGAUGGCGGUGCUGUCGGGUCUGGCCGAGCCGCUAGGGGCCCUCGUGGCAGUCACCGUGCUGCCGGCCAACUUUGUGGAGGGCCGCGGCAUGGACGCGCUGCUGUGUGGCGUGGGGGGCGUCAUGACGUCGGUGGCCUUCACCGAGCUGCUGCCCGAGGCGCUUGCCGAGCGCCAGCCGCUGCACGUUGCCGCAGGCUUGAUCGCUGGCUUCGCCGUCAUGAUGCUCACGCACGAGCUCGCCUAG